UUCAAUAUGUCUGAUCAUCCUAACCCCCACGUUUUCCAGAACCGCUUCUCCACCCAGUAUCGGUGCUUCUCCGUAUCCAUGCUUGCAGGACCUAAUGACAGGUCAUAUGUGGAGAAAGGAGGGAAGAUAAUUAUGCCACCCUCGGCCCUGGAACAACUUAGUCAACUUAAUAUCACCUAUCCCAUGUUGUUCAAACUGACCAAUAAAAACUCCAACAGGAUGACCCACUGUGGCGUGUUGGAGUUCAUGGCAGAUGAGGGUAUUUGUUAUCUUCCCCACUGGAUGAUGCAGAAUCUGCUUUUGGAAGAGGGGGACCUGGUGCAAGUGGAGAAUGUCAACCUGCAAGUGGCCACUUAUACCAGAUUCCAGCCCCAGAGUCCAGAUUUCCUGGACAUCACCAACCCAAAGGCCGUAUUGGAAAAUGUUUUGAGAAACUUUGCCUGUCUGACCACUGGGGAUGUGAUUGCCAUCAACUACAAUGAAAAGAUCUAUGAGCUUCGCGUGAUGGAGACAAAACCAGAUAAAGCCGUGUGUAUCCUAGAGUGUGACAUGAAUGCCGACUUUGAUGCCCCCCUGGGCUACAAGGAGCCAGAGCGGCAGGAUCGGCAUGAGGAGACAGAGCACGUGGAAGCAGACCACAAUGGCUACGUUGGAGAUCUCGGGUUCCGGGCCUUCUCUGGCCCUGGAAACAGAUUGGACGGGAAGAAGAAAGGCAUAGAACCCAGUCCUUCCCCAAUCAAGCCUGGAGGCAUUAAAAGAGGAAUCCCUAAUUAUGACUUUAAACUUGGUAAGAUCACUUUCAUUCGAAAUUCAGGUCGGAUGUUCAAAAAAGUUGAAGAGGAGGCAGCUGGAGGCCGAUUCACUGCCUUUUCGGGAGAAGGACAGCCUUUACGCAAAAAGGGAAAGAAGCCAUGA